GAGAGGCUGGGAGGAUCCUCCCCGCCGGGCGCAGGGUGACAGCGGUGCUCGGCGGGGAGCAGCGGGCGCCCUGAUUGACAGCCGGAGCCUCCUAAAAAGGACGCGGAGAGAUGCUUAUCGGCAGGUUUAUAUAGCGGGGGCGCGGAGCGGCGCGGAGCAGGCAGCGGAGCGGCGGCGGCAGCAGCGGCGGCAGCAGCAGCAGCAGGAGCCGGGGCAGCGCUGGGAGGCGGCGGGGGCCCAUGCCCGGCCGGCCGCGGCUCUGGCAGCCCCCGCAGCCCCGGCGGGCCGCCCCGCCAUGCACUGCCAGCCCCAGCCGCGGCUCGCCGCGCCCGGCCGCCCCAAGGCAGGCAGGAGGCGCUACAAGACCUUCAUGAUCGACGAGAUCCUCUCCAAGGAGACCUGCGAUUACUUCGAGAAACUUUCCCUCUACUCCGUCUGUCCGUCCCUCCUGGUCCGGCCCAAGCCGCUGCACUCCUGCGCCGGGUCCCCUUCUCUGAGGGCAUAUCCUCUCAUCUCCGUCAUCACCCGGCAGCCCUCCGUGGUCCCUCACCUGGUCCCAGCUGCCACCAGCUCCCGCGUGCUGCCAGCCCAGCCCUCCUCAGGGACUGCCAGCUCAGAGACACCUGCCAGCGAGACCCAUGCCAGCAGCGAGUCGGAGGCAGAGCAGCCUGCACCUCGGUUAAAAAAGCCACGCCGGAGUAGGACCAUCUUCACGGAGCUCCAGCUGAUGGGCUUGGAGAAGAAGUUCCAGAAGCAAAAGUAUCUCUCUACGCCUGACAGGCUUGACUUAGCGCAGUCGUUGGGGCUGACUCAGCUCCAGGUGAAGACGUGGUACCAGAACCGUAGGAUGAAGUGGAAGAAAAUGGUACUCAAAGGUGGACAGGAGGCUCCAACGAAGCCCAAAGGCCGUCCAAAGAAAAACUCCAUUCCCACCUCGGAGGAAAUUGAAGCAGAAGAGAAAAUGAACAGCCAGGCGCAGACCCAGGAGGGAUCUCAAGCUCCCGAGGAGCCUAAAUUGACAGAGGAGAAGCCAGAAGUCUCUUUGGAGACAGAGAAGUCUCCAGAACAUAUACCAGAGCCCUCCUCAGAGGAGACUACGCCUUUAAGUUAAAAGGGAAAGCAAGGAGGGAAAGGGGGGAAAAAGAAAAGCAAAAAAAAAAAAAAGAUAAGAGAGAAAAA